AAUAAAAUGAACACACUUAGUUUGUAGUUACUUCCCUUGUGUAAACAGCAACAUUAGGAAAUAUUUUUCGUAACAACUUAAAUUAUUUAGGACACGUAGCCUUUCUUUUUAUUAAACACAUACAAAGAAUGUUGAAGCAGGACUUUAUUGAAAGACGAACACAUGUCUGCCAUGUUAUACCACCGCAGUGGAAACUUGAUCCACAGGGGCAGUACUACGAACUGGAUCUAAAAAUGUGCCAGCUUAAAGAAAUGCAGUAUGACUUCCAGUGGGGAAAAGAAGGAGGUCCACUACCAAGGAUGGCAUCAAUUAUUGAAGUACCGUCUAGGAUAGUGCGACUGGACCUGUCCUUAAACGAGUUAGCAGUACUGGAACACUCGGGUCUCAAACCAUACAGGAACCUUAGGGAGCUGAAUGCAUCACUCAACAAAAUAAGCAAUUUCACUGGAAUUGAGGUAUUGAAGAAUCUGUACACACUAAAUUUGUCACACAAUUUCAUCAGCAAGAUUGAGAAUCUGGUGGCCAGUGCAUCACUUGUAGAGUUGAACCUUAGUAUGAAUGAACUGACUGAUGUGUCUUAUAUGCCAAGCCUGAUCAACUUGGAAGUGUUAAAUAUCAGCAAUAAUAAACUGAGAUCUCUUGAUGGUGUACAGUCCCUUGCCAGGUUACGCGAGCUGCAUGCUCACAGAAAUAAUGUUGAAGAUAUAGUGCCUUUGACAAGUUGUUUCCAUCUUCAAGUUCUGAAUGUCGCAGACAAUCAUAUCACUGCCCUACACAACACUGUUGAUAUACUUGCCCAGUUGAGGAGACUAGAAGUGCUGAGUCUUUAUGGUAAUCCAGUGGACAAAGAUCCUACAUACCGUACUGAGAUUAUCAGAUCUACAAAUGUAAUGACGUUAGACAAUAUCUCCGUUAGACCUCUGCCGAAACCUGCAGAUAUGGAUAGAGUGCAGUUUGAUGAAAAUUAUAAGCACGUUCAGAAUAUUCACACUUUAAAGGAGGCAGCCAGACAGGCAUUCGAGGAGAGAAUGAGAGAUGCUAAAACCCAAAUGGCUGAUCAGAUUGGAUUCCUCCAGAGGAGAAUUGUGAUGUUACAGAAGGAAUAUCAAGAAUAUGAGUCAACAUUAAGGAAUGACUUGGACUCCUGUUUAAGGUACCUAGACAAUCUUUCACAUACUGAGAUUGGAUCAUUUGAUAGGCAUGCAAUGAGAGACAGUAUGGGUACACCACAACCCAAGCCAUGGCACAGACAUCAAAGAUCUCGUGCAGACAGGGAUAGAUCUGACUACUCAAAUGUGAAACAAACAGAACAGGUUUUGAAGUAUGCAAGCAUGGAGCUGAAAAAAGGAAAUUCUUGAUAAAGUGACAAUAUUCCAUUAAAGAACCAGACAAGUGCGGAAAAUUGUGUUCAAUUUCACAUUCUAUUGCUGGGAGACAUAUCAAAUUGCAUUAAAGGCAACAAUAUUAUGUCUUUUAUUCAUUUCUUGACAUGUUAUUUGUACAUUUUUUAUUUCCAGUAAUGUCAUCAUUAUGUAAUGGUAAAGCCCGCCCGCUUAGCUCAGUAGGUAGAGCGUUGGUCUACGGAUCGCGGGGUCGUGAGUUCGAUCCUCGGGCGUGGUGUAUGUUUUCUGUGACUAUUUGAUAAACGACAUUGUGUCUGAAAUCAUUAGUGCUCCACCUCUGAUUCAUGUGGGGAAGUUGGCAGUCACUUGCGGAGAACAGGUUUGUACUGGUACAGAAUCCAGGAACACUGGUUAGGUUAACUGCCCGCCGUUACAUGACUGAAAUACUGUUGAAAAAUGGCAUUAAACCCAAAACAAACAAACAAAAAUGUAAUGGUAAAUCUUUUAUUUUCUAAAUUAUUCAUGUUUCUUGCUAGAUACAAAUGAAAUUCUGGUAAUAUGACAGAUAAAAUGUAGAUGAUAAUUAUUAUGCUUUAAGCGACAAGUUGCCAUUAUGUGAUAUUUGUCCAAGUUUAGAUAGACUUUGUUUGUUAUUGUUGCAAAAAGGGUGUUAAAUCCAAAACAAAAGACAUUGUUUACCAAUAGUAGCAAUUAACAUGUAGGAAAAAAAGAUUGCAUGUCUCAGUUCAAGGCAGUAGCUAUUCAUUUAAACACUGAGUAGUCUUCUAGCUUAUUUCACACAUUAACCAUUAUCAUGCUGGACACCAUUGAUUCUGCCUUUGUGACCAGUGUAGAUCUUGAUCAGACUGCACAUCUGUGCAGUCUGAUCAAGAUCUGCAUUGUUCACCAUUUUAGCUCGACUUUUCGAAGAAUAGGGGAGCUAUCCUACUCGCCCCGGCGUCUGCGUUAGCGUUAGCGUGAGCGUCACACAAAUGUUAAAGUUUGCGUACCACCCCAAAUAUUUUCAAAGUCCAUUGAGAUAUUGCUUUCAUAUUUUGCAUACUUGUUUACCAUCAUGACCCCAGUCUGUAAAAAGGAGGAGGCAACUCUAUCAAGCAUUUUGACUGAAUUAUGGCCCCUUUUCAACUUAGAAUAAAUGUUAAAGUUUGCGUACCACCCCAAAUAUUUUCAAAGUCCAUUGAGAUAUUGCUUUCAUAUUUUGCAUACUUGUUUACCAUCAUGACCCCAGUCUGUAAAAAGGAGGAGGCAACUCUAUCGAGCAUUUUGACUGAAUUAUGGCCCCUUUUCGACUUAGAAUAAAUGUUAAAGUUUGCGUACCACCCCAAACAUUUUCAAAGUCCAUUGAGAUAUUGCUUUCAUAUUUUGCACACUUGUUUACCAUCAUGACCCCAGUCUGUAAAAAGGAGGAGGCAUCUCUAUCAAGCAUUUUGACUGAAUUAUGGCCCCUUUUCAACUUAGAAUAAAUGUUAAAGUUUGCGUACCACCACAAAUAUUUUCAAAGUCCAUUGAGAUAUUGCUUUCAUAUUUUGCAUACUUGUUUACCAUCAUGACCCCAGUCUGUAAAAAGGAGGAGGCAACUCUAUCAAGCAUUUUGACUGAAUUAUGGCCCCUUUUCGACUUAGAAUAAGUGUUAAAGUUUGCGUACCACCCCAAAUAUUUGCAAAGUCCAUUGAGAUAUUGCUUUCAUAUUUUGCAUACUUGUUAUCCAUCAUGACCCCAGUCUGUAAAAAGGAGGAGGCAAGUCUAUCAAGCAUUUUGUCUGAAUUAUGGCCCCUUUUCGAACUAGAAUAUGCUUAUUGUAAUGUUAAAGAUUUACUCAUUGCUUAUAUUAUACUACCAAGCACUGAGAAUAGUCGAGCGCACUGUCCACUGACAGCUCUUUUUUUUUUGGUAUUACUAAGCACCCCUUUUAACAGUCAGUUGAAAGAUGGACAAGUUCAUUAUAGAAAUUAAGUAGGCUAAGGGUUAAAAAUAUGGCUGUAAGUAGUCAUUAAGUGCCUUGUAACAUCCAUAAAAAUGCUCCCCAUACUUGGACUCAGUGUUGUUAUAUUUUCUGGUUCUUUAGAAUCAGGGAAUUCAUUCAGUGUUCAUGCAUGAUAAAAUUCCUGUUAAGUCAGUGCUAGCGACAUGAAUGGUGUAUUACAUUUCAUUACCUCUCGUGAACAGACUCAAACCAACAAAGUCUGCUAUUAUUUUGCUUAGCAGUGUUCUGUGCUUCCAAAGGGUCUACACAUAUGUUUAGCUAUACGACCAGAUGCAAAACAUAUGAACUAAAAUAAUAUUGAAUAUGACUUUUUGAUACUUUAUAGAUGUGUCCACACAAAGAGAACGGUUAAAAGGUGUUUUCUGGUCAUUUGUAGAGCCUAGAGAAAGUCUUAAUAGUUCAGUUAUGCUGACCUUGAAAAUAGUAGGUUUGUAACAAUACUGACCAAUGAAAGGACAUGUUCUUAGUAUAAAUGUUCUAACCAAAUACUUGCUAAAUGUGUACAGUGGCAGUGAAAGAAGAAUUUGUAAAUGUAAUUUAAUUACGAUUUCAGAUAUGUUUUGCAUUCCAUCCACUUAUUGCCAAAGCCUGUGAUAGUGUAAAUGAAUUAUUUAUUAGACAUCGUUUUGUACUUUUAUAUUUGUCUUUGUAUUAUAUCUUUUUACUGUUUGUUUAUGAAAAUUCUUUGAAUAAACAACUGUUAUUCUC